AUGCCGCUUCUUACUCAACAGCAGCAGCAGCAGCAGCAACAUCGCACCUCCACCUCAUCUACUCUAACUCCUCGAUAUCCUGCAUCGCGGAGGCAGAGUCAGCAUUCUCCCAUCGCACGAGCGGUCAUUAUGAGCAACGUUGAAAAGUCCCACUCAACGUCGGACGGCCAGCAUUCUCCAGAGCAUCUGGACUUGCGUGAUGAUGGGGCUCAGCAACAAACCCAGCAUGAUGAACACCACCCUCACCAGCAACCACUGAAAACCGUUGUCACGCGGGCACUCGAUGAGUCUCCGCAUCACUCCCACCACCAUAGCAGACGCCCGUCGCCACCUCAUAUUAAUGAACCAAGUCAUACUCCCGAAUAUUACCAUUUAUCUCAGCAUGGCAUUGGACACCCUCUCAGCGACACUCCUGCGCCAACAGCGCCCAGCAGCCCUAGAAUGGGUCCUCGUGGUCAACAUGGCCAGCAGCCUCCACCGAUAAUGCGAAGUCGGCCCACGACGCUGGACAUUCCUGGCUUGACCAAAUCCAAGGUGUCUCCUGAUGGCAAAAUCGCACGGGAGGAUCUAGGUGCUAAAAUGGUCAUCGUCAUGGUUGGCCUUCCCGCUCGAGGCAAAAGUUACAUCACCAAAAAAUUGGCUCGCUACCUCAAUUGGCUCCAGCAUGACACCAAGAUCUUCAAUGUUGGCGAGCGACGACGGGAGGCGGCGGGAGGCCCAGGACAGCGAGCUUCACGGUCGGGUCUGGCUCCGGGCGAGUCUCCGCUGGAUCUUCUUCGCAGGAGCAGCAUUGGCUCUCAAUUGUUGGCUGCCCACGGUGGCAAGGAGGAGAAUGCGCAAUUGGCAGCUAAGAUUCUCAUCAAUGGCAGUUCGGCCGUUGGCGAUGAAGAGGAGCGUCAUGAGGAUGCCAAUGCUUCCGAACAACUGCCACCCGACGCCGGUGGUGCCAAGCAACGGAUGACGUCCCUCAUUAUCCCCGGAGCCGGUCGCCGCAAAUUCUCCAACAUUGACCCCGAUGCCAUGGAACAAUCAGCCGAAUUCUUUGAUCCGAACAAUUUGAAAGCCGCGCAGCUUCGCGAACAGGUCGCCAUGUCUACUCUCGACGAGUGCUUGGAUUUUCUCCUGGAACAGGGCGGUGCCGUCGGUGUCCUUGAUGCGACAAACAGUACCUUGGAGCGUCGACAGAAUGUGAUGAAGAGAGUCCGAGAACGGGCCGGUCCUGAUCUUGGUGUGCUCUUCUUGGAAAGUCUUUGCGUCGACAAGAAUCUGCUCGAGGCAAACAUGCGGUUGAAACUUUCGGGGCCCGACUACCGCGAGCAAGACCCCGUGAUUGCUCUAGAGGACUUCAAAAAGCGAGUCUCCAUCUAUGAGAAGAGUUACGUUCCUCUGGGAGAAUAUGAGGAGAAACAUGACCUAGAAUUCAUCCAGAUGAUUGACGUUGGGCGAAAAGUGGUCGCUCACCGCAUCAAGGGAUUUUUGGCUGCCCAGUGUGUCUAUUACCUACUCAACUUUAACCUCUCGCCUCGGCAGAUUUGGAUCACGCGCCAUGGCGAAUCAAUUGACAAUGUCGAGGGUAAAAUCGGAGGAGACUCGAACCUCAGCGAAGACGGCGUCAAAUAUGCCAAGGCUCUUGCUAGAUUUAUCUCUUUCAAACGUGAGGAGUGGUCUCUCAAACAAGCUGAAAAGAUUCAGUCCAAACAUGACCCGCCUCGCUGGGGCGACGUCACACCUCCCAAUCCUGAAUACCAACGCGCUGUCUAUGGAGAGGAUCCCGACAAGGUCCCUAAUAAGAGCUUCUGCGUGUGGACCUCUAUGCUUAAGCGCAGCAUCCAAACGGCACAAUACUUUGACGAGGACGACUUUGACAUCAAGCAGAUGAAGAUGCUCGACGAACUCAACGCUGGUGCCAUGGAAGGAAUGACGUAUGAACAAAUCAGGGGCCAAGAACCCCAUGAAUACGAAGCUCGCAAGGGUGACAAGCUUCAGUAUCGCUACCCUGGACCUGGUGGCGAAGGGUAUCUGGAUGUUAUCAACCGUCUUCGUGCAGUCAUUGUGGAGAUUGAGCGUAUGACUGACCAUGUGCUGCUGAUUGGACACCGUUCGGUUGCCCGUGUCUUGCUCGCGUACUUCAAGGGCUUGAAGCGUGAAGAGGUUGCUAACUUGGAUGUGCCGCUUGGCACGCUUUACAUGCUUGAACCAAAACCCUAUGGUGUCGACUUCCAAGCUUACCGCUACAAUCAUGACACUGACUGGUUCGACUAUAUGCCCAACUACAAGCUCCAACGGGCCAGCAAUCACUCUUCAAACUAA